AUGGAUAACAUAAAUUUAAAUGUUGAAGAAGUAGAAAUAGUAGAAAAAGACCAAAUAUAAAAUACAAUAAGUGAUUCUUAAUAGGAAUUAAUAUAAAAAUUACAUACAGAAUAUUAAAUUCCAUUAUUUACAACAAUUUAUAUUGUAAUUUAGAAAGAUUGUAAAAAUUUAGAAAUAGCUAAUGAAAUUUACAAAAAUAUUAACUCUGAUGAUCAUGAUUUUAUUUAAUUUAAUGGGAGUAUUGAUUGUGCUAUAUGUUAAGAAGAAAAAAGUUUACAUCAAGUUUGUAAUAAUAAUUAUUCUACUUUAAUUAUCAUGGCUUAAGAGAUGUAAAAUAAAUUUAAACCUACUAUAAUUUGUUAAAUUUGUUAUGAACCAAAAUUUGAAGAAAAUAUCAUAAAUUUUAAUAAUAAAAUCCAUAAUAUUUGUAAAGAAUGUUUUACAAUGAAUUUAAUAGUAUAAAUUAAAAGUGGUCAUGUCUAAGAUUUAAAAUGUCCUCAUUGUAAUGAACCAUUAAAUGAUGAAAUAAUAUUAAAAUAUGCUUCAGAUAUCAAAUAAAAAUUUCUUAAAUUUAAAAAUAAUAUUUCUGUUGCAACUAGCACAGAUAGAACAUGGUGUCCAAAUAAUUAAUGUUAAAAAAUAGUUAUGUUUCAAACUUCUAAUAAAUUUGAAAAAUGUACAUUUUGUUAAACUGAAUUUUGUAAAAUGUGUAGGUAAAAAUCACAUCCUGAUUUAAAUUGUGAUGAAAACUUAAAAUAAUUUAUUGGAAUACCUUAAAAUAGUGAAAAAUUAGUUUAAUGUCCAAGAUGUAAAUUUUUAGUUGAAAAAGUUGAUGGAUGUAGUUAAAUUACAUGUGCUUUUUGUAAAUGUUAAUGGUGUUGGGGAUGUCAUAAGGAAAUUACAUUUUUACAUCCUUUCUAUUGUCCCCAUUUUAUGCCUUGUUAUGAUGAUAAGAAAUGUUGGACUAAAUUUCUAUUAAUUUUUUGGUACUUAUACUUAAUUAUUUGUUUAUUUUUUGUUGGAUUGUUUUUUGCAUAAAUUCUCUUAUUUUAAAGCAUAUAAGAAACCUUAUGUUAUAUAAAUUAAAACUGUUGUGUUAAAGUAGUUAUCAAUAUAUUAAUUAGUAUUUUAGGGAUCAUAAUAUUUCCCUUAACUACAGCUUUAUAUUUAAUUAGUAAAUUAUUUUAAUUAAUCUUAGGUCUACUACCAAUAUGCAUAGGAGUUUUAAUACUAGAUUGGUAUGAUGGAUAAAAGUUAAAAAAUGAAAGAUAGAUUUCAAAUGUUUAAUAAGUAGAACCUUGA